ACCAGGAAGAAGAGCUUUUCCAGUAAAGAUGGUUGACGUUUGCAGGAGUCUCCAACAAAAUUAACCAAAGAACCGACAACGGUGCAGCAUUUUCGCGUCGUCAACAGACUUUGUCGGUUUUUAUCGAGACAUGGAUGAUGUUGAGAUCACAGACGUGGACGACGACUCUCCGUUUCAGGUGGAAAAAGCUCCGAUCAAAAACCCGGACCUGACUUCCCUCAGCCAGACCGCGGGAGAGCUUCUGUCCCAGUAUGGAUGGUACAUGCUGAUUGUGACCGUUCUGGUCUACCUGCUCAUCCAGCAGCUGAGCAAGAGGAGAUCCAGCCGGAGCAACAACAACUCAGCCCCCGAAACUCUGCAAGAUGCUUCGUUAGUGGCGAGCAGACAAGAAGCCAUGGAGGCGGCUCGGAUGAGGAUGCAGGAGGAGCUCAACGCCAAAGCUGACAUCUUCAGAGAGAAACAGAGACAGCAAGAAGAGGAGAAGAGGAGGCAGAAAAUAGAGAUCUGGGAGAGUAUGCAGCAGGGGAAGAGCUACAAAGGAGCCGCUAAACCCCCUCAGACUGAAGAGGCCAGCUCGUCAACAACUGUGAUGAAACCAAAGGGGGACAAAAAGCAGCUUCGCACUUCAGACUACAAUCCCCUGAGCGGACAGGGAGGGAGCUCGUGCUCCUGGAGACCCGGCAGGAGAGGACCGUCAUCUGGUGGAUGAGGUUAAAGAAGGUCAGAGACAUCGGUCUGUAUGACCUUUGACCUCUGACGUCCUGCUGUGCACACUGACUGACCGAACCAAGCUGACAAUAUCGCCACGCACACACUUCAUAACUCGCCCCGUACCUGCAGAGGGCGUUAAUCAGUUAGCAUCUUCAGCAUUUAUCUGCUGUUUGAUUUUUUAUCUCUUCUUGUUUUCUCUUUAAUUUGUUACAUCAAAGAAACUGUGCUGAAUUAAUAAUCAUUAGCUGAUAAAAUGCAUUUCGGAAUUGAAAGCUUGUCAUGACGCCGCUCCUGUAAACGGUUUCUCACCGGCAGGUUUGGCCGAUGAAUUCGCAGUCAGUGUGUUUUCUCUCAUGUUUUAAUGUUUAUGUGCCACCGUAACUUUAGAGUUAAAUUACUGCAGCAGCUGUAGCUGGUGGACAUAUUCUUAAUCACAAAGAAUACUACGUUCUGAUAGUUAACAAAGUUAACAUUUUCAUUUAUCGCAAUGUAAGGAGGUUUCGUCUAUACUGUUAUACACAUUUUUAUGCAAUAAAGACAUGGUCACCGCA